GUUAAACCAAUGGGUAUAUAUACAGAGUUCUGCCCGAUGAAUCUUCAAAACGUUUCAAUCAUAGUUUCAAAUGAAAUACUUGUGUCUCAUUUUGUUGGCCACGUCAGUGGCUGGCCGGUUCACGGAAGACUUUUAUCGACUCUUAGCCAAGGAUAAUGCCCAGAAGAAUCUUAUUUCCUCUCCGCUCUCCGUUGAGAUAGCUAUGGCCAUGGCGUACAUGGGAGCUGAAGGGGAGACCGCUGACGAACUACGAACCGCUUUGAAACUACCGAUGGACAAAAAGCAGGUGGCCAGCAAGUACAGAAAACUCCUUAGCGAUCUCCAGGGGCGGGAGAAGGAUGUGAUUCUCGAUUUGGCUAACCGGAUAUACAUUAAUAACGAAUAUAGUCUGGUCCCCGAGUAUAAUGAAGUAUUGAGAAACUCCUUUCAGGCCGAAGCUGUUCCCAUCAGCCUUAGCAAUGCUGAAAAUGCAGCUGACAUCGUAAACCAGUGGGUGUCGAAUCAGACACGUGGCAAGAUCAACGAGGUGGUUACCCCUGAAGACAUGAGCACUGAUCUAAGAGCUUUGCUCCUGAAUGCCAUUUAUUUCAAAGGCGAAUGGAAGUACAAAUUUAACAAAGAGUUAAGCAAACAAAAAGAUUUUCAAAUUUCUGCGACGGAACGCAUACCUGUAACAAUGAUGACCAUGCGUGGUACAUUAAAAGCAGAUUAUUUGUAUGACUUGGAUGCCAAAGUGAUCGAAUUGCCAUAUCGAAACUCCAGUCUGUCGAUGCUCAUCUUUCUGCCCAACAAGGUGGGUAGGCUCAGCGAAUUGGAGGACAAGAUAAUAGGAUUCUCUAGACCAUUGGACAAGAGGAAUGUGCUUGUCGAACUGCCAAAGUUCAAAAUCGAGUUUGAAAAGGAAUUAAAUAGUUAUCUUAAAAGGUUGGGCAUUCGAAAGGCGUUCAGUGACAGUGCAAACUUUGAAGGCCUUGUGAAAAAAUCACAAAUCCAUAUCGAUAAAGUCUUACAAAAAGCCUUCGUUGAGGUCAAUGAAGAGGGCGCAGAGGCAGCGGCUGUCACAGUGGUUGAAAUUUUCAAACGGCAUUCCGUAAAUUUAAGACCAGAAGUGAUAUUAUUUGAAUUCAAAGCCGAUCAUCCAUUUGCAUACAUUAUUCGGGAUGAAAAUACCGUCUAUUUUCAAGGCCACGUAGUAAAUCCUAAGUGAAUGAUAUUAUCUGGCUCCAAAGCUCAGACAUGAUUUUCGAAUACUUCGAAUACUUUUGGCCCAUUUCAGCCAUCAGUAGACCACCCUUGGUCAAGUCUGGGUCAACAAUCAUUCUCUAAUUAAUCUUUAAAGCCUUUU